AUGGGCAGACAGGAGCUCCAUUUUUCACAUCUCAUCCAAAAGACCAUACCUCUACCAAUGCAGCACACUCCAUUACUACAUUCAAGCAUAAUAGGUAUCAUUGAUAACACCUUGUGUGGGAUGAUAGAAAUCGCAGAUACUGUGAAACCAGAAGCUGCACUGGCUGUAUACAUCUUGAGCAGCAUGGGAGUGGAUGUGGUGCUGAUAACAGGAGAUAGCCACAAAACUGACCGGGCCAUCGCUACCCAGGUUGGUAUCAAGAAAGUUUUUACAGAAGUUCUUCCUUCACAUAAAAUAGCCAAAGUUCAUGAGCUCCAGGACAUGGAAGAAACCAUAGGGAUGGUUGGAGAUGGUACGACUGACUCUCCAGCCCUGGCAAAAGCUGACAUGGGGAUUGCCAUUGAAACAGGCACAGAUGUGGCCAUCAAAGUAGCAGAUAUACUUAUUAGAAACAACCUACUGGAUAUUGUGGCUAGCAUUGAUUUGUCAAAGAAGACCAUUUGGCGAAUUCGGAUUAAUUUUGUCUUUGCAUUAAUUUAUAACCUUGUUGGAAUUCCCAUCACUGCUGGAGUAUUUUUGCCUAUUGGGCUAGUUUUGCAACCAUGGAUAUGUUCCGCUGCAAUGGCAGUCUCCUCCGUUUCUGUUGUGGUCUCAUUGUUCCUGCUGAGACUCUACAAGAAGCCAGACAUUGAAAAGCUCGAACUCUGGGUGUAG